AUGGCCGCUAACGGUCAUCCAGCGCUCCGCGCCACCGACUUGCAUCGCAUCUACAUCCAGUCCCUCCUCAGUCGUCGUGCAAUGACCGAAGAUGUCGCCAUUGAAAUGUACCGCCGCGCCGUCAGCGCCGUGCUCCAUACCCACCCCGACUUUGUUCCUGCACACCAGCGUAACCGCAGUGGCCUGAAAGACUUUCUCGACGAGAUCUCGGUCUUGCUCGAGGAAGUGAGCAUGUACGUGAGGCGUGGGCAAGAGGGCAAACACAUCUGGGUUGUCCUGUGCAACACCGAGGCCGGUGACAUUGCCCAACAUGCGACCGACCUCACCCCUCUCGAGAUUACAUUCUACCGUACCGUCGUCGAGGCAAUUAUCACGUCCUACCCGGCCAACUCGGUCUCGACCGCCGAGGCCCUCCACCAGACUGCCGAGCUCGAGAGCACGAUGAAGCGGUCCGAUGCCGAGCACCUCCUUUCGGCGCUCGUGUCGCGCCAGUGGCUCGCAAAGUCGAAGCGCGGUCGAUACUCGUUGGCUCCUCGCGCAAUGCUCGAGCUUGACCACUACCUCAAGGAGACGUACGAGGACUAUGUGCAAAAGUGCAAGCAGUGUGAGAGGCUGAUGUUGUCGGGUGUUGCAUGCGACGCAGGCGACUGCGACGCUCACUACCACACGCACUGCUACGACAAGAUCAAAGGCUCCCCCCGUCCCAAGUGUCGCCAAUGCCAGGCCGACUUGAACGAGAUCCAGCCACGCGCUAUCGGCGAGGGCGCGAUUGGGCGCAACGAGGACACCUGGACGAACGCCCAACGCAAGCGCAAGCGUCCCAGCCGCGCGAACGGCAAUGGCCGCGACGACGAUGACGAUGAAGAGGAUGGAAAUGGUGCUUCACUGGAAGAAGAGGAGGUCGAUCGAUUCACGCAGUCUCAAGCCCAGUCGCAAUCGCAAUCGCAGUCACAAUCUCAAAGCCAGGCCGGGCCCUCGCGCCGCAGGAGUGGUCGGGAGACCUUGGUUCCUGACAGCAUCGACGACGACGACGACGACCACGACGACCACGACGACGAGAGCGCGCCACCCCGCCGCCGUCGAUGA